AUGAUGUUCGGACAAAUUAUUAUUGGUGCACCAGGUGCAGGUAAAACAACGUAUUGUGAUGGUAUGAGCCAGAUUUUGUCACAGCUUGGCCGACCUGUUAUAUGCGUAAAUUUAGAUCCAGCAAAUGAUUAUGUACCGUACAAAUGUGAUAUUGAUAUUCGGGAGCUGGUAAAAGUGGAAGAUAUCACCAGUCGGCUAAAUCUUGGUCCUAAUGGAGCACUAAGGUACUGUAUGCAAACUUUGAAAAAGAAUAUAGAAUGGUUGCGAUUGAAGUUGUCGCAUGUGGAUGGAUAUUUGCUUUUUGAUUUCCCAGGACAGCUUGAGCUAUACAAUAGUGAUAACUGCAUCACGUCUAUCAUACAUAGCAUGGAAAAAUGGGGCUACCGUCUAGUCGCUGUGCAUCUUAGUGAUAGCUUAUAUUGUUCGGAUGCAGGCAAAUUUAUCUCGGUAUUAUUAAGCGCACUUUCUAUCAUGAUAAACUUGGAAUGUGCCCAAAUCAAUGUUUUAUCAAAGCAGGACUUACUGAAUGAUAAUGAUUUACCAUAUAAUUUCGAGUUUUUUGAACAAAUUCCGGAUGCGUUACGAUUGGUUGAGUUGCUUGAUGAAUCACCAAUACUCAAACAGUAUAAAGGAUUAAAUGAAAUGCUGUGUUCGGUUAUAGGCGAUUAUGAUUUGGUGAAAUUUACGGGUUUGGAUGUUACAUGUAAAAAACACAUGCUAAAUUUACUAAAAUUAGCUGAUACAGCUAAUGGUUAUGCCUUCACCGAAGCGCCUGAUCUCAGAAAUAUUGUACAGCAGUAA